AUGUGUCGGUACACGGGCAUCUGGUACUACGAGUGCCAACACAUCUGCUUCCAGCUUAGCAUUUUCUGUCGGGAUCUUUUUGAUGAAUUAUUGCGACUGGAUGGAGACCCAACAGAAGAUGAGAAACCGAAAGGUGAAAGCCCGCGGAGUUGUCUGCCUCGCAUCUUAACCCGUGAUGGGGUUGUUGUGAUGAAGGUGCAGGAUCAUGAUGGAGGAGCAACUAAUAUUGAUCAGUGGGUGACUGAUUUGGCGGAAUCGUGUCCUUCUUGCGCUCGAAAUUAUGGAAUAAGGAGCUAA